AUGCGGUUCUCUGCGUUAACCUCCCUCCUCGCCUUGGGAGCCUUCACCGGCGUCCUCGCGACGCCUACCAAGGUCUCCCGGGUUCCUUCGCUGGUGGAGCGUGACUUUGCCACGAUCACCAGUGUUGUCGCUGCCAUUUCGACCAAAGUCGAUGCUCUGGAUGCGGACAUCAACGCCUACACUGGGGGCGAUACGUCCGCCAUUGAGGCCGCCUCCGCGGACCUCAUCUCCACCAUCAACGCUGGCACUGCCACCGUUGCGGCCCAGCCCGAUCUGUCCCAGCUUGAUGCUCUGAAUCUGGUGAAUCCCAUCUUGGCUCUGACCAACAAGGUCAAGACCACCAUCAACGAUCUCGUUGCCAAGAAGGAUCUGAUUGUCGCUGCCGGUUCGGGUCCUACUACCUAUAACCAGCUGCUUGCCCAGUACACGGCCUCCUCGAACCUGGCCACGACGCUGUCCGGCAAGGUGCCGGCGGCUCUCAAGGACGUCGCUGAUCAGUUGUCCUCGGGAAUCACUGCGGCCAUCCAGACGGGUAUUGACGCAUACAAGGAUGUGGGUACCGUCACAACCACUACAACUUCGACGACUCCCACUCCUACUACUACGACAACAAGUGGAACCCCUACCGAGACAACUACCACGUCGGCCACCCCUACGGAGACUACAACUGACUGCGAGACUACUACUACUAGUACGUCUGCUACUCCUACGGAGACCACAACAGACUGUGAGACCACCACCACAUCUUCUCCGUCUCCCACCGAGACAACGACCGACUGUGAGACUACCACCACAGCCACCCCGACGGAGACCACCACUGAGUGUGAGACUACCACCACCUCAGCUACUCCCUCUCCAACAGAGACGACUACGGAGACCACCACUGAAUGUGAGACUACUACCACGGCCACCCCGACAGAGAUUACUACUGAGUGCGAGACCACUACCACCCCAACCGCAUCCCCAACGGAGACCACGACUGAGACGACUACUGAGUGUGAAACUACCACCACCUCAGCCACUCCAUCUCCAACGGAGACAACCACUGAGUGUGAGACGACUACUACACCCACUGCCUCCCCAACAGAGACCACUACUGAGACAACUACUGAGUGCGAAACUACCACCACCUCAGCCACUCCCUCUCCUACAGAGACGACUACGGAGACUACCACUGAAUGUGAGACUACUACGACGGCCACCCCGACAGAGACUACUACUGAGUGCGAGACCACUACCACCCCAACCGCAUCCCCAACGGAGACCACGACUGAGACUACUACUGAGUGUGAGACUACUACCACACCCACUGCAUCUCCUACCGAAACUACCACUGAGUGCGAGACCACUACCACUCCCGCCCCCACUGGCACUACCGUCACCCAGACCGAAACUGAAACCACCACCGAGUGCGAAUCGACCACCAGUGUGCCCGUUCCCCCGGGAACAGUGACCUCCACCGCCACUGCCAGCCAGACACAGACCUCCACUAACUCGAUCACCGUGACCGCCACUGAGACGGCCCCCUGCCACGAGUGUGAGGGCACCACCAGCAUCCCUAGCCCAGGUAGCCCCACCACCUUCACCACCGCCCCUACCCCAUGCACGACUUGCGGUGGUGAGGAGUCCUCCUCCACCGCUGUGGUUCCCCAGCCAACUGCCCCCAGCCCUAGCGGUCCUUCUGGCUCGUCUGGCUCCGGCUCUUCGGGAUCCAGCUCUGGUUCUGGAUCGUCUGGCUCCGCAACCAUCGCUCCUCCUGGAGGACUCGCCACCGGCGCAGCCAGCAAGCUGGGCUCGUCUGUUGGCAAGGCCAUGGCUAUUGGUGCAUUUGCACUGCUGCUGUAA